UCAAUCAUGCAAUGUACAAAUCAUGACACAUAUAUUUCUCUCUACAUUUCUCUUGUAAUUCUAUAGUUGAAAGAAUUAAAUACUCCCAAAAACAACAUGGAAAGAGAUUGUAGCAAUCCAUUCAUCCCUUCACAAGAACAUGAAAUUCCCAUUAGUACUCCAGAUCCAGAUUUCUCGAUAUGGGGAGUCAAUUUUGAUCAAAUUUUAUUUCACAACGAUCCAACCAAUCUUGGAGGGAAAAAAAUGGGUGAGGGUGAUUUACAAGUGAUUGAAGAUUCAAGAAUCAAUGAGGAGGUGGAGAAAAAAAAAGUGCACAAAGAAAUUGAGAGGCAAAGAAGACAAGAAAUGGCCGCCCUUUAUGAUUCUCUCCGUUCAGUCCUCCCUUCCAAGUCCAUCAAGGGCUUGCGAUCGGCAUCAGAUCAAAUUGCUGGGGCUACAAAGUAUAUAAGAUAUAUGCAGAAUAAAGUUAGGCAACUAAAAGUGAAGAGGGAUAAGAUGAUGAAAUCGGCAGAAAAUAGCAAGGGUUUGCCUAUCAGUGUAAGGGUUAAGCGAUGCACGGGUAGCGCUGGGGUGCUGAUCUUCGCGACAGCGGAAGGGCGAAGCCUUCGCCUAUCGAGAGUCCUGCAGGUGUUGGUCGAGGAAGGGCUGGACGUCGUGGACUGUAACUGCACCAAAUUUGAUGGGAGGUUACAUUGCACCAUCCAAUGUGAGGACGGAGGUCUGAAUAUCGAUGUACAAACUCUGCAAGUAAAGCUUACAAGUAACAUCGAAAACUUUGGUGAUGAAUCUGGAUAGAACAAACACAAUGCUUUUGUGCAUCAUUUUUCUGAGUCAUUCCACUAAGUUUGUUUAAAAUGUAGCAUUACUUUGGCAUUGUUUUUGUUUGUUUGUUUUUUCCGGGGUGGUGUUUAAGCAGUUUUCGGUCCGUUGCUGAGCUGAUGAUAUUGGUUUGACCAUUAACAAAUCUUAUCAGUAUUUCCUACAUUAGGAUUGCUUCCUUUUGUAUAUAUGAGAUUAAUGGAUCCUCCUAUUACCUCAAACUUGA